AUGUCUUCAUCAGAUCCAUCUUCAACCUAUGAUGACGCUCCUCAACAACCAGAGGAAGAAAAAUCAUUGGAAGAACUCGAAGAACAGCUCUCACAAUUUUCGGAACAAUUAAAUCAAUGUAUAUUAUUAUCACAACAAGAACCCGAGAACGAGGAAUAUGGUGCUCUCAUUGAUGACUUACAAAAUGCUAUUCAAUUAACAAAUGAAUUGAUUAGAUUAAAAAAGGAAAGCACAACAGCAUCAUCAUCAACAUUCCCAGGUCCCCAAUUUCAAGAAGGCGAUUACUGUUAUGGAUUGUAUGAAGGGUUAUGGUAUGUGGCUGUUGUAACAAAAGUCAUUGAUAACACAAAAAAGCUACAAUUAGCUUCGGAAUCGCCGUCAUCUAAAAAACCAGCCUAUGAAUAUUUCGUAAGAUAUGUUGGGUAUGGAAAUUCUGAAUUUGUUUCGAAAGAGAGAUAUACUAUCAAGGAGUAUUAUCAUCCACCUUCUGAGUUCCUUCAACAAGGAGCAAGAUGUCUUGCAGUAAAUGCGAAUGAUCCAGAUGGGAUGUAUGAAGAGGCCGUGGUUGACAAGCUUACUGACAAAGAGACUGUUUGGGUCACAUUUAAAGAAAGAGGAGUUUUGCAAGAGGUCCCUCUUCAAUUGGUUCGAGUCGGAAACGAACAUUUCUAUGAUCCUAAAUAUAAACCCAAGAAGCCUAAAAAGAAGGAGGUAAUAUCGAAUGAGUCACAAUCAGGCCAAGCGAUUGCGACGGUACAAACCCUUUCAAACAAAGCCACUACCGAAGCACAAGGCAAAAAGUACGAGCAAUCCGAAGCAGAUAUCAUAGCAAAGAAGAAAAAGAAACAAGAAAAGAGACAACAAAAACUUCAAGAGCAAGAGAAGCAACUAAAUCAAAAGAAACAAAGUUGGCAAAGUUUCAUGAGUAGAAAUUCAAGCACGUACAAGAAUACUGGAAAGACUCUGCAGGCAACCGAAAAGACCUAUACCCCUGCUCAAAAGAAAACCAAAUUUACAACUAGCUCAUCAGGAGCUCCCAGCAACAAUAGACCUAACAAUCGAUAA